UAACAGCAUGCGGCGUACAUUUGAUACUGUUCGUAUGACUGGCAAAUAUCCUGGUUCUGGGUCACAAGGAUCUCUGAGUUCUUUAGGUUAUGGAGGCUCCAUGCACUCCACACCAACUCAUCACCCACAUACUCCAUCUCACCUGGCCACACCAACUCAUAUGGUAUCAAGUGGAGUAACAUAUGGAGUGUCAUACAUGAGCUCAAGAGGCUCAUCUGUAUAUUCUGGAGGAUCGGGCCACCCAUCAUUAGAUUCUGGGGCAGAUUCUGAUGCAUCUCUGCACACAGACUCAGAGGACAAUUAUCCUGGGAGUCACUUGGGUGUACCAGGAUGGCCAGGAACCCCAGACCUUGACUCUUGUUUAAGAAGACUUGGUCCAGGAGAACGCUCACAGUUUCUACCAUAUGGAUGCCGUACACCUGAUUCUAUUAUGUCUACUGGUAGUGGCAAGUCUGGACUAAGCACAUUUGUUGGAAGUAAUCAGAGUGACUGGAAGCUGCCUCAGAAACUGCAAAUAGUGAAACCCAUUGAAGGUUCACUAACUCUACACCAGUGGUCCCGCCUUGCAACACCUCACCUUGGUGGAUUGCUAGAAGAAAGGGAAGGAGUGGCUAUCAAGGGUGGUGCUGGCACUGAGCAUUUGAACUUGGAUGUCUACUCCAUGUCUGACCUUGAAGAAGAUGAAAUUGAAGAAGAAAAUCCUGGCAAAAGAUUUAUGAGUACUUCAGGGGUUUUCACAUUUACAAAUUCCACAAUACUUCACCCUGAUGAUCAGACCACUUCCACACCUAGUUUACGUCAGGCUCAAGUGAGUGUACUACCGACUUCAUCUUUUGCAUCAACAACACCAAGCACACCAUUAAGAGCUCCAUCAUGCCCACCUUCACGUAGAGGAUCCACUGCUACAUUCUCUACAAAUACAGGAUUAGCAAAAGUCCUUAAUGAACGUGGAAUGAAUCUUCAAAGUGGAUUUUCACCAACAGCAACACCAGCUAAUAGUCCAACAAGUUCUCGGCCUGGUUCUCCUGAACCUGAAGGUUACAAGUUACCAGGACUGGAUGAUCUUACCAAAACAUUUUACUAUGGUGCCAGCCUUCUUCGUAGAACAUUUUAUAAGGGUGACCCAUCUGCUCCACAAUCUCCAACUGGACCACGUAUUAAUUUGGUUGAACAAGUGCAGGCCAUAGGUGUUGAUCAUUUUGUUGGCACCUCAGGUAGAGCACUAGCUGUUGGUGGAGUUGUAACAUCACGUCCUGCAACUUCACCACUAUUACACCUGUCAAACCUUAUAAUGAGCACUGCGAAGAAUGCGUCCAAUUCUACAACUUGUUCAACAUCUGGUUCAUCUUCUACAACAACUGUAGCUAGUACGUCAGGAAUAAUGUCAACACCUAAGAUUUUAUCACCAGGGGAGAGACGUCCAUCAUUUCCAUCUGGGGCCCCAAUGGGGAUUCCAGGUCAUCCAGGGUCAGGGCAUCUAGAUAAUCGCCUUAGCCAACUGAAGCCAGGUCAACGUGCCGAUUUAGGAACAGUUGGAGGUCGUGCCAGGCCAGCCUCCUUAGGAACUGUGCCUACGCGAGGUAAUGGAGGUGAGCAGAAUGUAGGAACAGUUGGAUGGAUGUCAUUUGGUCGAAAAGGAGGACUUUUGUAAAUUUUUUUCUUUUUUAUUGGGUGCUGAUUUCUGCUGUUCUGCAUAUUGAUAGGUAGUUGAACUUAACACUGUAUACUUCCUCCUUAAGUUUUGGAUGUAAAUAAAGAUUUAUUUGUAGACUAAUACAGAACCCAAAUUUUAAAAGUAAUGAUCAAAUUAUAUUCAUAAAAUUUUUCUGAUAAUACUUUGAUGGAAGAUGGAAUGCACAGUAUAAAGGAACCACUGGGAAAAUUGCUCCUUAUGUUUUGUAUAUUGACAUUUAAAGAUGUGUCAUUCAUACUUUUGAGACUGCUUAUGUAAAGAUUUUGCAAAGAUUGAGAGCACUUUUGUGAACUGUAAAGUUGCUCUUAACAUUUUUUUUUUUUUUUUAUAGAAAACUCAGAAUUUGUAAGUUUAAGGGAAAACAUUACAGGAAUUGGAUAGAGUAGAUGAACUUAUUGAUUUUAAUUCAAAAUUAGUAGAGUGCAGACGGGACUGAGGAUCUAUCAGAAUGUUGGUUAUUUAUUUCCUAGUUAUAGUUAUAAGGCAGCUUAGGUCCAGGUUGUAUAAUCAUUGAUGCAUUUGGUUUUAAGGGUUAUGUGAUGUGAUAUAUAGUUUACAAUAUAUAUGUGUCUGGCAGUAAUUACAUAAAUGCAAUUUAGGGUUAUUUUAUGUUUUCAACUUGUGCCAAAUAGUGAAGGUUUCUCAUUUAUUUGAUUGGACACCUUCUACAGGUUAUAUGAGUGUUGAAAUUAAGAAUACAUUUAUCAGAAUGGGAAAAAAUAAACACUGCAUUGUAACAAAAGUAAGGAAGUAUUGAAGUAUCAGUCACAAAUUUUCACUCGAAUGUUCCUGAAACUUUAUUUGAGAACGAAAGAAAAUGAUAUGCUGAUCUUACUUGUACAAGCAGCAGAACAGGUCUCAUAGGGAGACCCAAAAUCUUCUAGUCACAUGAAAAGAUCAGAUUGUCAUGAUUAUUUAUUUUAUUUUAUUUUUUAUUUUAUUUUAUUUUUUUUAUUUAUUGUGCUUGGUAGGCACAGGAAUAUAGAUAACUAAAUUGGCAUGCACCUUGAUAUCAUAUCAGCCUUGCUUUAAAUAUAGUGUGUAUAGUAUAUGGAUGUUUUGGACUUUUUGAUUAUAUACAUCCUGAAUAUGAUUACUCUAAUUUUUAAUCUGUAAUUUCUAGUCCACUAGCUGUCCUCUGUAACUGCAGAUGAUCAAACUAGUGCCAGAUUCUUUUGUAUGUUUAAAGUAAAUGUUCAUUAUAAGUCUCUAAACAUGUUUUUUCUAUUAUUUUACUCUU